AUGGCGAUUGCGAACAAGAUGCGGAUUCAUGGAGAGACUCUGGAAGACGUCACCAUUGUUGAGAAGAUCCUACGGUCCAUGUUGCCAAAAUUUAAUUUUAAAAUUGUUCAGCAGGAUGCAGAAGAGCAAGCACUGCAAGUAACAACUUCCUCCAAAGAUUCUAGGCGUAGAAGGAGCAAGUGGAAGGGAAGAAACUCAGACAAAGCUGAAGAGGAAAUAAAAAAAAGAAUGGUCAACAUGGUCGUGAUCAACGACACUUGUCCAAUGGGAAGGCGAGUCAAGUUUGGGAAUAAUUCCCGCAUUGCUGUCAAAGGAAAAGGGAAGGUGAAACUCCGAACAAAGUCUUCAUUUAUGCAAAUUAUCUCUGAUGUUUACUUUGCACCAGAUUUGAAAACAAAUCUUAUCAGUGUGGGUCAUCUUCACGAGAACGGCUACGAUGUGUCUAUCAAGCAUGGAAUUUGCAGAAUUCAAGAUUCUAAUCAUGGGUUGAUUGUUGAAGCUAAGAUGACUGCAAAUAAGCUUUUCUCACUUGAUAUGCAAAAUAUUGGCUCUACCAACUUUUGUUUUUCAACAAAGUUGAAUAGUCAAGCAUGGCUUUGGCACUACAUAUAUGGGCAUUUGAAUUUCGGAGGAAUAAAAAUGUUGUAG